GAGGUGUGAUUGCCUAUAUCAGUUCUUCCAGCUCAGCCUCUAGCCCUGCCUCUUGCCACAGUGAGGGUUCUGAGAACAGCUUCCAGUCUUCCUCCUCUUCUGUUCCAUCCUCUCCAAAUAGCUCCAGCUCCGAUGUCAAUGGGAAUCACAAGAACGGAGAUCUCUCCAAUAUAGAUGGCAUCCUGAAGAAUGAUCGAGUAGAUUGUUCUGUGAAAACAGGCAAAUCAAGUGCUCCUGGGAUGACAAAGAGUCAUAAUGGUGUGACAAAAUUUAGUGGCAUGGUUCUACUGUGUAAAGUCUGUGGAGAUGUGGCAUCAGGAUUCCACUAUGGCGUUCAUGCUUGUGAAGGCUGUAAGGGUUUCUUUCGGAGAAGUAUCCAGCAAAACAUUCAGUACAAGAAGUGCCUGAAGAACGAAAACUGUUCCAUAAUGAGAAUGAAUCGGAACAGGUGUCAACAGUGUCGAUUCAAAAAGUGUCUGUCUGUGGGGAUGUCUAGAGAUGCUGUUCGAUUUGGUCGUAUUCCUAAGCGUGAAAAACAGAGGAUGCUAAUUGAAAUGCAAAGUGCAAUGAAGACCAUGAUGAACAGCCAGUUCAGCGGUCACUUGCAGAAUGACACAUUAAUAGAACAUCAUGAACAGACAGCCUUACCUGCCCAGGAACAGCUGCGACCCAAACCCCAGUUGGAGCAAGAAAACAUCAAAAGCUCGCCUACUUCCUCUUCUGAUUUUGCAAAAGAAGAAGUGAUUGGCAUGGUGACCAGAGCGCACAAGGAUACCUUUAUGUAUAAUCAAGAGCAGCGAGAAAACCCAACCGAGAGCAUGCAGCCCCAGAGGGGAGAACGGAUUCCCAAGAGCAUGGAGCAGUAUAACUUAAAUCAUGACCAUUGUGGCAAUGGGCUGAAUAGCCAUUUUUCCUGUGAGAGCCAGCAGCAUCUCGGUGUCAAUGGACAGUACAAAGGGAGGAACAUAAUGCAUUACCCCAAUGGGCAUGCCAUUUGUAUUGCAAAUGGACAUUGUAUGAACUACUCCAAUGCUUAUACUCAAAGAGUAUGUGAUAGAGUUCCAGUAGAUGGAUUUUCUCAGAAUGAGAACAAGAAUAGUUACGUGUGCAACACUGGAGGGAGGAUGCAUCUGGUUUGUCCAAUGAGUAAGUCUCCAUAUGUGGAUCCACAUAAAUCGGGGCAUGAAAUCUGGGAAGAAUUUUCGAUGAGUUUCACACCAGCAGUGAAAGAAGUGGUGGAAUUUGCAAAGCGUAUUCCUGGGUUCAGGGAUCUCUCCCAGCAUGACCAGGUCAACCUUUUAAAGGCUGGGACUUUUGAGGUUUUGAUGGUACGGUUUGCAUCAUUAUUUGAUGCAAAGGAGCGUACUGUCACCUUUUUAAGUGGAAAGAAGUAUAGUGUGGAUGACUUACACUCAAUGGGAGCAGGGGAUCUCCUGAACUCUAUGUUUGAAUUUAGUGAGAAGCUAAAUGCCCUCCAGCUGAGUGAUGAAGAGAUGAGCUUGUUUACAGCAGUUGUCCUGGUAUCUGCAGAUCGAUCCGGAAUAGAAAAUGUCAACUCUGUGGAGGCUUUGCAGGAGACCCUCAUUCGUGCACUAAGGACCUUAAUAAUGAAAAACCAUCCAAAUGAGGCCUCUAUUUUUACAAAACUACUUCUAAAGUUGCCAGAUCUUCGAUCUUUAAAUAACAUGCACUCUGAGGAGCUCUUGGCCUUUAAAGUUCACCCUUAAGGCCUUUGUUUAUUUGAACAUGAACUGAUACUAACUGUACAUUUUGUGCUACAAUGCUUAUUUAUAUGUGUGUACCAUACGUGGAGAAAGAAAAGACCUUUAAGACAAUAUGAGAUUGUAGGCUAUCUCUGUAAUCACGCAAUAGCUGUUUGGAUUGAGAACUCUUCAGCCCUGAUUAGAUAUUGAUUGCAUCUCCCCAAUAGACCAAUCAGCUGUGUCGCACUUAAACUGGAGAAGUUACACUGAAUUAUAAUCACACUGAAUGUUAGACUUUUUCAUCUGCCAAAACCAAAAGCCACCCAUUUUGAUCUCCCUGUGGUAUAAAUACAACGCACAAUCACAAGUAUAAGACAGAAAUUAGUCCUUUGUGAUAAGAGGUACUAUUGAAUGUUGGAAGUCUUGGUGUUGCCAAAAGACUGUUAUAUCUGGUAGUUGGAGAUUUGGGGAGCUAGUAGAUCUCCAUGUCUGAAUUUUACUCUGCCAUGGUUAAACUUGAUAUCCUGGGCAGGUUACUCAUUUGUGGAAAAUGAGAAUUGAUAGUGUCCCCGAUGCCCCACAUCUCAGAGAUACUAAAAAUGUCUAUAAAAGCAUAUUUGCCUCUUGGGAGAUAGGCACUAUGUAAAUAAGAUAAAAAAAUUUUUAUUAUAAUUAUUCUUCAUAAUACUCUUUUGUUAUUUUCAUGCAUUUCUGGGAAACCAUUUCAUAGUCUACCCCAGGCUGUUAUUCAGGGUUCCUUGCAUAUGUGUGGGGUGUCCUGAUACACACAUAUUCAGAGUUUAUGGAUACAUCAAAUACAUAGUAUGUGUACAUAGUAUGUAUGUGAAUAGUUAUACAUAAAUAUAUUUCUUCACAAUAUUUUAAACUGUGAAGAACUUUAUGAUACAAUAAACUUAAAACAAGAGGUGUCAAAAGACCCAAAUUAGGUGCAUUUUACCCGUUGAUUACAUAACCAUUGCUUUAAAAAUAUUUAGACAGAAUAUUGAAUUUAUCCUCUAUUUUUGUUUAUUUAAGCAACACUUAGUAAGUCCAACUUUCAGAAAAUGUGUAGAUUUCAUCUUUGGUAAUAUCUUUGGUUCAAGGUACUAGUUUUUUAAAAGUUUAUUCAGAUUCUUACCUUGUGCUAAUAAAGGUUGCAAUGCUGCCCCUUAUAUCCGUGCUGCAGCCCAGUGAUAAAGAAUUUUGAUCCUUCUUGGAGAACUAAUGUUUAAGGAAACUGUUGGCAUGUCUUAGCAUGUAUGUGUGCGCGUAUAUGCGCAUGCACGCACACACACGCGCGUGUGUGUGUUCUGAGUCCACUUUUUUUUUUCCCUGAGUAACACUACAGGGAUUUUGUCAAAUUAGAUUUAAUCUAUAAUUUGAAAAAUGAGUGUGUGACCUACAGACUUAGAAAUGGUAUAGUCAAAGAUUUUUCAUCCAUGCUUCUAAGAGUGGACUUUAUUAAACGAUACGAUCAGCUUCUGUUUGGGAGAAAUAGUCAAAGUUUAGGAUUUUAUGUAUGUUUUCUGUUUCCCCAGAAAAGAGCAAUCAAUUGGAUUUGUUGGUUAAGAUUGCCUUCUAUAUAAUGUUCAGAUGAUAUAAAAUUACAAAUGUUAAGAACUUGCUUUAUUUCACUAAGCCAGUUACUUUUAUGACAUGAGCAGAAUGCCUUAUUAUGUAAUCUUGAUUAAUUUGUUGUUACUGAGAUUUGAAUUUCUGUGGCACUAGUAACUAAGGUUAAAAAAAAAAAAGGUUGAACCCUCAUUGUAAAAGAGGAAAGGAGAUGGUGAUGUAAUAUGAUAUAAACCAUAACUGUGAUUUACCUUAUGUGGGUAUGACUUUUAUGGGAUAUACAGUUAUAGUUUUGUGAAUUCUUUACAUGGUAGCAUUAUCUUUUAAUUUUUUUUUCCUAAGAUAAAUAAAUGCAUAGUUUUCUUCUAUGGGGGAUAGAAACAGCUUUUUGAAAUAAUAUUGGAAACCUCAAAGAUCAUGUUGAUUUUUAAUUUUUGUUUUUUUGCAUAAAUCUCUUUUAUAACAUGUAUCUUUUAAAACGAUUAAGUCUUUAGGAAUGUGUAACCAGGACUAUGUUAGUAUUGCUUAUAAAACUUUAGUUAGGUUCAAUAUAUACAUGUAUAUGUCCGUAUAUAGGUAUAUAGAUUCACAUUUUGUCUUGUAAAAUUUUAUUUGAGUAAAUUCUACCUGUAGUAAUGGGAAACAAACUUAAUAGUUCAUAUUGCCACUCAUAGCAUUUCUGUAUUUGGAAAUAGCCCAAUAUGAAACUUGUAAUUCUAAAAUUAAACCAGCAGCCUAUUACAAGCACAUUUUUUGAUUGAGUUGUGGUUACAAACUUACUAAAUGCAAAGAGGACACUAGUAGAAGACAUCAAUUUAGGGAACUUCUGAGUCAGUGGGACACUGUUGAUUAAUGUACUGUAUGAAUUCAGUGAUGCUUUAACUCUGAUUUUAUGUUUUAAAGUUAAAAUAUGGGCAUUAUGUCAGGAGUAUUAAGGGCAUUAUGUCAGCAAGCUAAAACAUUUUUUUCCUGUGCUUUUAAUGUGUAUCUCUUCAUGAUCUGAGACAUGAUUCCAGCUUUCAGAGAGAUAGCUGAGGGAAAGGGGAAACAUCUUGUGAUGAAGCUUGUCCUUCUGGUGAUGUUUUAAUUACAGAUUAUAAAGAUAGAAGGAAAUUGCAGUGGGUUAAGUGUAUAGCUUUCAUAUUUACAUUUCAAUGAAUUACCAUUGUAACUUGAUAAGAGAUGAUUUAUUUUAUGUAAACAUUGCAAAGCAAGGUGUAGAAGCUCAGCUAGAUUUAUUACUGUGCACGAGAGUAAAUACCUAUCUCAAUUAUUCUUUUUUUUCAAUAUAAAGUUUGCUGAAUGUACAAGAAAAGUUUAUCACUUAGGAUAUAGAAUUUUUUUAGGGGUUGAGGGAGGGGCUCUGUCAGGAAAUUGUUACAAGCAAAUACUGUCUUGAUUUGAUCCAAAAAAUAAAACCAUAAAACUAUUCUUGAACUAACAUGGAAAAAUAAAAUGGCUACUGUUUUAAAAAUGAUAGCAAUAUAUUGUUGACAGGAAUGAGUUAUUUUCUAUAAACUGUAAUUGAUGACAUGGAUAAUAUCUUCAUGUUUCUGAGAAGUAACCUGUACAUGGGGGAGGGGAUAAUAAAUAUUAUUUCUAACCAAGA